AUGGCAGCCCUCGCAGCCGACGACGAUGCCGAAUGCCAGGCCAUGUGGGGCGAGGCGGCGCUGGUGCAGCAGUUGCGGGAUGAGGUUGAGCUGGAGGCUGGAGAGCUCGCGGUUGAAUGGGAGGAUUCUGUUCUGCGCCGCUUCCUGCGCGCCCGCAAGCACAACAUCCUCAAAGCCAAGCUCAUGUUCCUGGAGCAGCUGCAGUGGCGCAAGGGGGCGGAGGUUGACACAGUGCUCACCGACUUUGUGUUCCAUGAGCGACAGGAGUUUUCAAAGUGGUACCCGGAAGCCUUUUAUGGCGUGGACCGCACGGGGCGCCCCGUGUACGUGCAGCAGCCCGGCAAGAUUGACACCACGCAGCUGUGGAAGUUCACAACGAUGGAGCGCUGUGUGCGGUACCACCUGCAGCAGCAGGAACGGUACUGGCGACUCAUCGCCCCCUCCUGCAGCCUGGCGGCGGGGCGCUUGCACGAGCAGUCGCUGGUGGUCAUCGACAUGGAUGGCGUGGGCAUCAGCACGAUCACGGGGGAGGUGCGCAAGAUCAUGGCCACGAUCAUGCAGAUCGACCAGGACUACUACCCCGAGCUCAUGUGGAAGUGUGUCAUCAUCAACGCCCCCACCACCUUCAGGGUCAUUUGGUCGAUGAUCAAGUACCUGUUGGAUGCGCGCACGCAGGUCAAGAUCGAGGUGCUGGGCGCCGACUAUCAGGCGGAGCUGCUGCAGCUGAUAGCUCCGGAGCACCUGAUGCAGUGCUAUGGAGGCUCCAACGCAACCCCCAUGAGGUGA